AUGCAAAUCUUUGUUAAAACUCUAACCGGAAAAACCGUCACCCUUGAGGUUGAUAGUUCAGAUACGAUUGCUAAUGUUAAGCAAAAGAUUCAAGAUAAAGAAGGUAUCCCUCCAGAUCAACAGCGUUUGAUUUUUGCCGGUAAACAGCUCGAAGACGCACGUACAUUAUCGGAUUAUAAUAUAACUAAAGAGUCAACACUCCAUUUAGUAUUACGUUUACGUGGUGGGAUUAUUGAACCUUCAUUAAAAGCGCUGGCUUCAAAAUAUAAUUGUGAUAAAAUGAUUUGUCGUAAAUGCUAUGCGAGACUACCCCCUCGUGCUACCAACUGUCGUAAGAAAAAGUGUGGACAUACUAAUCAAUUGCGUCCAAAGAAGAAGCUUAAGUAA